CAAACCCAUCUAACCAAUACAAUUACCCUCUCCUCCAAAACAGAAAAAAAUGCCCACUUACUACCCCCAAUAAAUGCUCCCACCAACAUCCCCCCCAUCCAUCCCCCCCUCCUUCACCUUCUUCGACUCCGACCCAGCCCUCGACCCAGCCCUCCACCUCCACUCCGAGUGCGACAUUCCCCCCUCAGAGACCUACUCCUCCGACAUUGAAGCCCUACACCACCAACGCGCCGACAACAUCCGCAAGAAAGUGGUCAUUCAGCACCGGGCGUGGAAUCUCUCGGAUGUGUUUCGGAGUGACGAGGAUAUAAGGCCUGGUAUUAUACAGUGUUCUGGUGGCGUGGGGAUCGUCGGCUGAUUUGGUCAGAUACGCCGACGAGAUCGAGACAAAUAUCGAGGACGGAUUUGUCUACGAAGAAGGGUACUAGGGAUAGGGGCUCGAGUGUGGGUUUGUUGUGGCCUUCUUCGCCGCCGGUUGGGAGGAUGGCCAUUGUGGAAUCUGUGGGGUCGGAGGGGGAGGUGCUGAAGAGGAAGAAUGAGGAGGGAAGUGGGGCUGAGGCUGAGAUUGAGACCAAGAGGGUGAAGAUGAUGGGGGGGUUCGUGGAUGAGCCGGGUGAGGAUGAGUGGGAUGCGUUCGAGGAUGCACAGGGGAGUGGGCCGGUGCGGAUGGAGUCCAGGCAGAAGAUGGUGGGUGGUUUUAUGGAUGAACCGGAUGAGGAUGAUGAUGCAUGGGAUGCUUUCGACAAAGCACAAGGGGGGAAUGGACCAUCGCAAACAGAACCAAAACGGCAGAAGAUUAUGGGUGGGUUUUUAGAUGAGGCAGACGAUGAUGAAUGGAAUGCCUUCGAGGAUGCACAACUGCGGAGCGACUUUCAGGUUCAGGAAGAAAUCAUCCAACGCGCGCCUGUUGAUCUGCCUGAAAUUCCCAGACCAUCUCAGACGGAGCCAGACUUGACUCCAAAGGCUUCCGAGCCAUAUCUCGACCCUACGCCGGUCCCAACCACGAUAGUCCCGUUUAUGCCCUCUCGCGGACCGUUUCGGUCGAUCCAGAUCAAGACCUGCUCGGGCAAGACGCGCUAUGUUCCUUUGAAGAAGGCCGCCACCCGAGUUUCCUACGAAAGACUCGUUGCCGGUCGCUCUGUGACUGCCCCCGGAAGAGCACAAAAGAGUUACUACGGUAUCGACAUCCACAGGCUCCUCGAUGAAGCUACCAAAGAGACCGAAACACAGCCCGCCACACGACCUCCUCCGGUGCAGCCGUCCAUCGAAGCUCCGAUCGACAACAGAAAGGCCAAGAUGGCAGCGGCCAUGUGGACCGAAAAGUACCGCGCACGCAAAUUCACCGAGUUGAUCGGUGAUGAGCGCACGCAUCGAUCUGUUCUGCGCUGGUUGAAAGCCUGGGAACCGAUUGUUUUCCCGAAUCUCGCUAGGUCGAAGCCGAAGAAGCCAGUUAAUGGCCAGGAGGAUGAGGAGCGAACGCAUCGGAAAGUUUUGCUCCUAUGCGGCCCGCCCGGUCUUGGAAAGACUACAGUAGCGCAUGUCUGUGCUCGCCAGGCUGGCUACGAGGUUCUGGAAAUCAAUGCGAGUGAUGACCGAAGCAAGGAUGUGGUGAAGGGUAGGAUCCGGGAUGCUCUUGCCACAGAGAACGUCAAAGGCAUGAACGUUGAGGUGGGUGAGGAAAAGGUGCGCAAGGCCGGUCGCCCAGUGUGUGUUGUUGUCGAUGAAGUGGACGGAGUCACCAGCGGAUCUGGAGGCAGCGGAGAAGGCGGUUUCAUGAAGGCCUUGAUCGAUCUCGUCCUGCUCGACCAGAAGAAUUCGACUGCCUCCUCUGAGCAAAAGGGCAAGAAGAAAAAGGGCGACAACUUUCGAUUCCUGCGUCCGCUGAUCAUGGUCUGCAAUGAUGUAUACCAUCCCAGUCUACGACCACUCCGGGCAUCAUCGGUUGCGGAGAUCAUCCAUGUCCGUCAAGCACCGCUGGAGAAUGUCGUCUCGCGCAUGAAGCGAAUUUUCACCGUCGAAGGCAUCCCAUCUGACAAUGACGGCGUGCGACGUCUCUGCGAAGCAUCCUGGGGCCUUGCUCGCAGAAAGCAAGGUGGCGUCAAGAGCAGCGGAACAGCCGAGGGUGACAUUCGCAGUGUCCUUGUUGCGGCAGAAUGGGUGGCACACAAACUCCGGAACGAGUGUCCCUCAACGCUGCGGCUGACACGAAGCUGGCUGGAGCAAAAGGUCCUCAGCGCCAACACAGGCGGCAGUUCCUUCUUUAAAGGCUUAAACCGUGGCGGUGUGCGCGAUCUCGUGGAGCGAGUCUUCACCGAGGGAGCCGGGUUUGCUGAUGCACCUGUUGGCGUUGAUUCCUUCCGCGAUCCUUUUGCCAACUCUGAUGACAAAGUACCUGUAGGCGUUGCGGAUCUCCGGAAACGCCAUGCCAUCGACAGACUGCGAGAGAUGGUCGACGCCAGCGGCGAGCACGACCGCUGCGUGGCCGAGUGCUUUGCCUCGUAUCCGCUACAGACCUUUCAAGACGACACAUUCCUCUCGAAACCCAACGCAGCUUACGAGUGGCUUCACUUUCACGACACCAUGUCGUCCAAGGUCUACACCGCGCAAGACUGGGAGCUCAGUGCCUAUCUCAGCCAGUCGGUCGUAGCAUUCCACCACCUCUUCGCCUCGGCGCGAGGCAAAGCCAAGGCUCAGGAAGUGGACGACGAAGAAGAGGAGCAUCCAUUCUCAGGCCCCAGAGCGGACUUUGCGGCCUACGAAGCGCAAAAGCAGAACCGAGCCAUUCUCACGGAAUUCCAGUCCGCCUUCACAGCCCCAUUAUCCCGACUUUUCCGGUCCACCGACUCACUCGUCAUCGACCUCAUCCCGAACCUCAUCCGAAUGCUAUCCCCGGACGUGAAGCCAGUCGUAGUACGCGGCAGCGGCGAGCAGCGAAGCGUGGCCAGCGUGCGCAAAGAAAGCGAACGGGCCCUCGUCCAAUCGGCAGUCCGAGUAAUGGCCGGCCUAGGCGUACGCUUCGAAAAGGUCCGCAUCGAGAAUGCCGGAGCUCACAACGGCUGGGCAUAUCGCAUGGAACCACCCCUGGACACCCUAAUCACCUUCUCGAAAACCAAAACCAACACCACCUCCACCGCCCCAGUCCGCUACGCCGUCCGCCAAGUCCUCGACCAAGAAUACCGCAAGGAGAACAUCCGCAAACACUCCGAACCCAUCCACUCCACCAAGCACAGCAGCAAGAAGUCAGCCCAGAAGACCGCAGACGGGCUACCCGAUGCAUCUAAAAAGACGUCCCGGGAUGGACCGAACGUGAAGCGUGACUUCUUUGGUCGCAUCAUCAAGGAGCCGACGCCGCAGCCGGGUGACAAUGGCGAGUCGCCGGAGAUGGCGGCGCAGAAUGAGUCACUCAAGGCGGGGAGACGCGUCUGGGUGACGUAUCAUGAUGGGUUUUCGAAUGCGGUGCGUAAGCCGAUUUCGUUGGGGGAGUUGUUGGCGGAGUUGUAGCUGUGAUGCUUGGGGGCAUGCAGGCAGGGUAAUGAUUGUAUGAUGGUAAUGUAUAGAUACAUAAGUUAGUGAUAUCCGGAAUCAGUUAGCAAAGAGUACUGAACAAACAUGGCAUUAUCU